AGACGCCAACGCGCUCAGGAGAAGAGGCCGCCGCCUCAGGGGACCGUCGCCCCAGUUUCAGGAGGGAAGGAAGGCCGGAACCGCCGCCCCUUUCCCUCCUCCUGCGGCGGGGAGGACGCCUGCGCCGGCGCUGCCUCCAGUGGAGGGCGGAGGCGCAUCCCAGGCGCAAAAAGGGAGCCGCCAAGGGGGGCACCAUGAGCGGCGAGCGGUGAGUCUCCGCCUCGCCUGCCCGGCUCGUUGGCGCGCGGCGGGGGAAGAGGACAAAGGGCCUGCUGCGUCCGCCUCCUUGCCGCCGCCAUGGGGGAAAGGCUCCGAGGCCAGCCCGGCGUUUCCUCGCCGGGGGACGCCGCCGCUGCCGCCGCCAUCCCCGCCUGCUCCUUGCACAACGGGCUGCUGCACAACGGCUUCCAUUCGCCGCCCAGCAAUGGAGACUCAGCCUCCCUCCCGCUGCUCUUCCGCCAGGAGCUGCCCCUGCCCAGCCACGGCUCCCCAGCUAAGAAAUGCAGGACGCGCCGGAGAAUGGAUUCGGGCAGGAAAAACAGGCCGCCAUUCCCAUGGUUCGGCAUGGAUAUUGGUGGAACUCUUGUUAAACUGGUCUACUUUGAACCAAAAGACAUUACAGCUGAAGAGGAACAGGAAGAAGUGGAAAACCUGAAAAGCAUCAGGAAGUAUUUGACUUCCAAUACAGCCUAUGGUAAAACUGGGAUUCGAGAUGUCCACCUUGAACUGAAAAACUUGACUAUGUGUGGACGCAAAGGAAAUCUUCACUUCAUCCGCUUUCCAAGCUGUGCUAUGCACAGGUUCAUACAAAUGGGUAGUGAAAAGAACUUCUCGAGUUUGCACACCACGCUUUGUGCCACAGGAGGUGGAGCCUACAAAUUUGAGGAAGAUUUUCGUAUGAUUGCUGACCUGCAGCUUCAUAAGCUAGAUGAGUUGGACUGCUUGAUCCAGGGCCUGCUUUAUGUGGAUUCUGUGGGAUUCAACGGCCAGCCAGAGUGCUAUUAUUUUGAAAAUGCUGCGGAUCCUGAACGGUGUCAGAAAAAGCCUUACUGCCUUGAUAAUCCGUAUCCUAUGUUGCUGGUUAACAUAGGUUCUGGUGUCAGCAUCUUAGCGGUGUAUUCCAAGGAUAACUACAAGAGAGUUACGGGGACCAGUCUUGGUGGUGGUACAUUCCUGGGACUGUGUUGUUUGCUGACGGGCUGUGAGACCUUUGAAGAAGCUCUAGAAAUGGCUGCCAAAGGAGACAGCACCAAUGUUGAUAAACUGGUGAAAGACAUUUAUGGAGGAGACUACGAACGGUUUGGCCUCCAAGGAUCUGCUGUAGCAUCAAGCUUUGGUCACAUGAUGAGCAAAGAGAAGCGGGAUUCCAUCAGUAAAGAGGACCUGGCGAGAGCAACUUUGGUCACCAUCACCAACAACAUUGGCUCCAUUGCUCGGAUGUGUGCGCUGAAUGAGAACAUUGACAGGGUGGUGUUUGUUGGAAACUUCCUGAGAAUAAACAUGGUCUCCAUGAAGGUACUAGCAUACGCCAUGGAUUACUGGUCAAAGGGACAACUCAAAGCUCUCUUUUUGGAACAUGAGGGUUAUUUUGGUGCUGUUGGGGCACUGCUAGAACUGCUGAAAAUGACAGAUGAUCAAUGAUGGAAGACUCUCCCCUCCCGAAAAGCCUAAAAACCUGUGAAGCUGCUGCAAAAGUGAUAGUUGCUAGGAGGACGGGAGACAAGCCAUGGCGGAAGUUCUACCUGCUGGAUUUGUAAAUAAUAAUUUAAACUCCUUGUAGCUGAUCUUUUAACUUUAGAAUUGGAAGCUAACUUGAGAAUUGAUACUUGGAACCUUUGGGGGAAAAAAGAGGCAUUUUUAUCUGUAUACAGUUUUUUUUAAGAGAAAAAAAAUGUGCAAUGUGGCCAAACUGGCAGAUUAUUAUGGGUUGUGUUUAAAAACGUGGGUACUGUAUGAUGGGAAAAGGACCUGACAUGAGACACUGGUUUUAUUUUAUGUUUUGUUCUUCUGGGGUUUACUGAUCUAGUGCGGUAAUUCUUCAUUUAGUAAUUGCUCUAGGAGAUUUUUUAAAAAGAUAAAUCUUUUUCAUGACGUUUCAUGAUUCACUGUUGGUUUCAAAUGAAACUGCAAAACUGGCAUUUAGUGUGAGCACUAAAGCGAUUUAAUCUUCGUUGCCUUCAUUUCCAUUAAAGGAUCUCCCUAUUUUCCCCUCCCUUGAAACAACUUUUUACUUUUCCUUUGGCUGCUCCAGUUUGCAAUAGCACAAAGUGCCAUGAAAUGUGCCAUCAGAGGUCUUGAAAACAGGGAGAAGACUUUGUGCUUUACGGACACACCUCCCCUUCCCCCUUUGGAACCUUGCACGUUGAGUUAACCAUUCCUUGCAGUAUCUGAAAUCUUCACUCAUAGUACUGUGAGCUGGAAAUGGGUGAAAGGAGAAGGCCAGUUUUCAAAGUAGUAAACUAGGUCUGGACUGUUAGCCUUUCAGGCUGCAGGUGCAACGUUCACCUGAUUGGCUGCUUCCCAUACCAAAAACGAGAGAGCUGUUCUUCCAGACAUGUGUUUCUAUGUGUGGGAAAUGCUUUUGUGUUUUAUUAAAUAAGGAGCUCCCACUUGCAUUGUGAAACAGCGCAUUACUGCCAUCUCAUCUGCAGUAUGUGAGGAGGAAGCCUGUUCUAUGACACUCUCUGCAGGUGAAACUAACAGAGCUGCAGGUGUUAAUGCGAUAAUGUCAAGACAACAUGAUCAGUUUUCACGUUGGGAGUUCAUGGCUGCUAAUUUUAAAAACUGUCUUGGGAUUCACAAGGGGGUGAAUAAUUAAAUUUGUACACAUCAUGAAUGAUUAAAACUGGAACUAAGGACUGCAAACAGCACCUUUAUUUUACCACAUUGUCUUCUGCUUUGCAGACUGGUUUGGGAAGGCAGUACUACUGGACCGUGGCAUACAGGGUCUAUCAGUGUAGCAGUACAAAUUUUAAGAUAUGGGAAUUCCCUGUUGAAUUGGUUUUCCUUUGUUCUGAACACAGUAUUUUGUUUUCUUUCUCUUCAAAACUUUUUAUUAAAUUGGUACUAACCAAAGUGUUCACCUGACCUGGUUGAAAUAAAAGCCUGUUACUGUUGUGAUGGUU